CUAAGGCAAGAUUAAAUCUACAUUGACCGAGUAGACAUCAAUCGAUAAAAAGUUAAUUAAUCGGAGUUUAGUCGAAGUUCCCUGGAGUUCCCUUGAGAUUAAGUACUUUGGGUCCUUAAUUAGCAUACCCGGCGAUCCGUCAUCGACCGCAUUGAUCGCAUCGUCGGUUCCGAGCAACACCCGAUAAGGAUAAGGAAUAAAAAUAUAAGGAAUACGCGUAGACACGUUAUUGAGUUAUAUGAACUGGGGAACACUCUAUUGCUCUCCUUACCGGUCUCUAGUAGAACACUCUAUCGCUCUCCUGUCGAUGGAAAAACUCGGAGUACUCGGACACGCAGCGCAGAGGCAGACACAACCGAUACCGACCCGAGCUAUGCGAGCACUUUGAGCACUACUGUCACACUGUGAGCACACCGAGUCGCAACGGGCACACCCACUUUCACGUAUCACGUCAUCGUCCACGGCAGUCCACGGCUCCCUCAAGGCUAUUACGAAAGCGAUUGCGAAAACCCGCGCACGCGGCAAUUUCUACGUUGCCGAAUAAGAAGAAGCCUUCCUGACGACUUACAAUGAUGAGCAAUCUCAUAGACGCACACUGGUUUCCUUUAGCAUCUCAGGGAAAUAUUUAUUCCAUGACCAAACUGUGCUCACCCAAUAGUUCCAACAAAUUAUUAGUGGCAUCUUUAAAAAGAAAAAUAUAUUCUUGCGAAUACCAUCAAACACCGGAAUUUCUGAGACCUAUGGUGAAGGAAUUAUUGUUCACAUAUAUUCCCAGUGGUGCAGAGAUUAUUUCCAUCGAUGCUUAUAACAAGUCUGACACUGGGGAUAGUUUUGUGAUAGGCAUAACAAUCAUGAAGACUAGUACAGACACAAUAGAAAGGUACUUGAACAUAUACACGGAGGGUGCAGUAGACGGCGAAGGAGACGAAGGUAGCUCGAUCGAAGCCAUAGCGCAGAAUUGUCUCAUGGUGGAACUGUCGUACACUCCUUACCAUUUGUAUCAUACCGUUUUACCACAACAAAAUUCUGUACAGGAGGUAGUUUGGCUAAUAUCUGGGAGCGAUUACAGGAUUCAUAUGAUAAGGGAAGAUAAAUUAAGUCACGUUUACAGCGAGUCCUCUAUUGAAAAAUAUUUUUCGGAGCUGCAUGAUAUCCAAGCAAUCGUGCUAUGGAUUAAUAUUUAUUAUUAUGACAAUUAUAAACGGCGAGUCACUGCCGUUGGCUGCGAGUGCGGUCUAGUCAAAGUUGCCAUCGUAAAUGUGGAUGAUAUGCAAGUUUCUCGAAGCUGGUUGUUAAGAUACGACAAGCCUGUACCAAGUGUGAUAAUAUUCCCGCAUAGCAACACAAUUAUUAAACCAACCUUUGCAAAUAUCAAUUCUGAGGAAUUUAUCUCGAAGGAUGACGUCCCAAAAUUAAAUAUUGUUAUUUCAAGUACAAAUAAUGCUAUUGUCUUUAAAGAUAUCUUGCAAUAUGGAAUGAAACAGGAUGUGAUAUUAAGCGGCAGCGAAUCGUCGGAUUGUAUUCUGUGCUGUUGCAUAGCGGAUAUAAAUAUGGAUGGCCAAAACGAGAUCUUGCUUGGUACUUACGGUCAGGAGGUCCUGAUCUUCGCGUUAACAAGCGACACGUGGGAAUUAGCCAUUAGAAAGCUAUUUGACGCUCCUGUGCACUCUAUAAGCUACAUGGACAUAACAAACGAUGGAAUAAAAGAACUGAUUGUGCUCACGCAACGAGGUGUACAUAUAUUACAGCAUAACAUAGCUGAUAUACGAGCGAAAUGGAAGGAACGUUAUAAAAAAUUAUUUAAUAUGCUAGCUCAAGAAUAAUUAUAUUUGUAUUUAAAAG